CAGAAAGAAGAAGCUAUGGCUGCAGUGAUAUUGGAGAGCAUCUUUCUGAAGCGAUCCCAGCAGAAAAAGAAAACAUCACCUUUAAACUUCAAGAAGCGCCUCUUUCUCUUGACCGUGCAAAAGCUUUCCUACUAUGAGUAUGACUUUGAACGUGGGAGAAGAGGCAGUAAGAAGGGUUCAAUAGAUGUUGAGAAGAUCACCUGUGUUGAAACAGUGGUUCCUGAGAAAAAUCCUCCCCCCGAAAGACAGAUUCCGAGAAGGGGAGAAGAGUGCAGUGAAAUGGAGCAGAUUUCAAUUAUUGAAAGGUUCCCUUACCCCUUCCAGGUUGUAUAUGAUGAAGGGCCUCUCUAUGUCUUCUCCCCAACUGAAGAACUGAGGAAGCGAUGGAUUCACCAGCUCAAAAAUGUAAUCCGGUACAACAGUGAUCUGGUACAGAAAUACCACCCCUGCUUCUGGAUCGAUGGGCAGUAUCUCUGCUGCUCUCAGACAGCCAAAAAUGCUAUGGGCUGCCAAAUUUUGGAGAACAGGAAUGGAAGCUUAAAACCUGGGAGUUCGCACCGGAAGACGAAAAAGCCUCUUCCUCCCACGCCUGAGGAGGACCAGAUCUUAAAAAAGCCACUGCCCCCUGAGCCAACAGCAGCACCUGUCUCGACAAGUGAGCUGAAAAAAGUUGUAGCCCUUUAUGACUACACGCCAAUGAAUGCAAAUGAUCUACAGCUGCGGAAGGGCAACGAGUAUUUUAUCCUGGAGGAGAGCAACUUACCCUGGUGGCGAGCCCAGGAUAAAAAUGGGCAAGAAGGCUACAUCCCUAGUAACUACGUAACCGAAGCAGAGGACUCCAUAGAAAUGUAUGAGUGGUAUUCCAAACACAUGACUCGGAGUCAAGCUGAGCAACUGCUAAAGCAAGAGGGGAAAGAAGGAGGCUUCAUUGUUAGAGACUCCAGCAAAGCUGGAAAAUAUACUGUGUCUGUGUUUGCCAAAUCUACAGGGGAACCUCAAGGGGUGAUACGCCAUUAUGUUGUGUGUUCCACACCUCAGAGCCAGUAUUACCUGGCUGAGAAGCACCUUUUCAGCACCAUCCCUGAGCUCAUUAACUACCAUCAGCAUAACUCUGCAGGACUCAUAUCUAGGCUCAAGUAUCCAGUGUCUCAACAAAACAAGAAUGCGCCUUCCACUGCAGGCCUGGGCUAUGGAUCAUGGGAAAUCGAUCCAAAGGACCUGACCUUCUUGAAGGAGCUGGGGACUGGACAAUUUGGAGUAGUGAAGUAUGGGAAAUGGAGGGGCCAGUAUGACGUGGCCGUCAAGAUGAUCAAAGAAGGCUCCAUGUCUGAGGAUGAGUUCAUUGAAGAAGCCAAAGUCAUGAUGAAUCUGUCCCAUGAGAAACUGGUGCAGUUGUACGGCGUCUGCACUAAACAGCGCCCCAUCUUCAUCAUCACUGAGUACAUGGCCAAUGGCUGCCUCCUGAACUACCUGAGGGAGAUGCGCCACCGCUUCCAGACUCAGCAGCUGCUGGAGAUGUGCAAGGAUGUCUGUGAAGCCAUGGAAUACCUGGAGUCAAAGCAGUUCCUCCACCGAGACCUGGCGGCUCGAAACUGUUUGGUAAACAAUCAAGGAGUUGUUAAAGUAUCUGACUUCGGCCUGUCCAGGUAUGUUCUGGAUGAUGAAUACACAAGCUCAGUAGGCUCCAAAUUUCCAGUCCGGUGGUCUCCACCAGAAGUUCUUAUGUAUAGCAAGUUCAGCAGCAAAUCUGACAUUUGGGCUUUUGGGGUGCUGAUGUGGGAAAUUUACUCUCUGGGGAAGAUGCCAUAUGAAAGAUUUACUAACAGUGAAACAGCUGAACACAUUGCCCAAGGCCUACGUCUCUACCGGCCUCAUCUCGCUUCAGAGAGGGUAUAUACCAUCAUGUAUAGCUGCUGGCAUGAGAAAGCAGAUGAACGUCCCACCUUCAAAAUUCUUCUGAGCAACAUUCUAGAUGUCAUGGAUGAAGAAUCCUGAGCUCACCAAUAAGCUUCUUGGUUCUACUCCUCUACUCCACAAGCCCCAAUUUCACUUUCUUUGAGGAAAUCCCAGGCUUACAGGCCCUGGAGCCUUUGUGCUCUUGCUGAAUACACAAAGGCCC